UCUCACUACAAGCGAAAACCACAAAUAACCAAUUUCCCGUUUCUUUUCUUUUUUCACUCACGAAAAUUUUUGAAGAGAUAAUUUAAAAAAUUUCAUUUUCCUUUCAUCAAAACCCAAACCCUAAAUUUGAACACUUUCAUUCUCUCUUCGUAGGGAGUUUGAUAAUGGUGACGAUCAAUUCAAAUCCAACAACCUCAUUUCAACUAUUAAUCCCUGCUUCUUCUUCUGCUGCUGCUGCUUCAUCUGUUUGUAAAAGAAUCACUUCCAAAUUUAAUGUACAGAAGAAAACCAAUUGCUUGAUUAAUUUAUCUUCUUAUUCUAAGAAAAGGGCUUUGUUUCAAUCUCAGAGUCAACCAAAACUAGGGGUCCGAUUCAGAAGAAGUGCAGUGAGUUGUGGAGUAACUGAGAUUGAUCAAACUCAGUUUACUGACAUUGUUUUGAAGUCUGAAAUUCCUGUGCUUGUUGAGUUUGUUGCUGAUUGGUGUGGACCAUGUCGAUUGAUGACUAAAAUUAUUGAUUGGGCUUCUGAGGAAUAUGAAGACAGAUUAAAGGUCGUGAAGAUUAACCAUGAUUCGAACCCUCAGCUGAUUGAAGAGUACAAAGUUUAUGGAUUGCCGGGUUUAAUCAUCUUCAAAAAUGGGAAGGAAGUUCCAGAAAGCCGAAGAGAAGGUGCAAUGUCAAAACCAAAGCUUAAAGAUUACAUAGAUGCAUACUUAGAGUCUUCAGCGGUCAUUUAAGUUUCUGUAAAAUGUUUAAACAGGACUUGAAAUAUGGCCCAAGUUGUUUUUACUGUCUUCUCUUCUUGCAAAAUCUAAUCUUCAAGCCAUGUGGGCGACGAAAUCUGUACUUGUAUAUUAAAUAUCUUUGUCUUGAGCUGUUCAUAUUGUAAUAGUGUUGUAUUGCACUCGAACCAGAGGUAAACCCUAUGCAAUAAGCAUUUUUGAGGCUGCUUUAAGUAUUAAGUAUUAAGUA